AUGGACCUGAAGGCUACAGCCCUUAUGAAGCUCACGUAUCUCGAGAUGUUUGGCCACGACAUGUCCUGGGCAAGCUUCAAUGUCCUCGAGGUCAUGUCAAGCUCCAAGUUCAAACAGAAACGCACUGGAUAUCUUGCAGCAGUACAGAGCUUUCGCAGAGAUACGGAGGUCUUGGUGCUCGCUGAGAACCAGCUCAAGAAGGACAUCAUGAGCCCUACUCCACCGUAUAUCGCUCUGCCGUUGGGAGCAAUACCGCACGUCGUCAAUCCUAGCAUGGCGAACUCUGUGCUUUCGGACCUCAUACCGCGCCUAACACAUUCGCAUGCCAUGAUCAGGAAGAAGACCGUUGUCACUCUGUACCGACUUGCGCUUGUAUACCCAGAAACCUUGCGACCUGCAUGGCCGAAGAUCAAGGAACGGCUGCAGGAUGACCAGGAAGAUCCGAGCGUGACAGCUGCCAUCGUCAAUGUCGUGUGUGAGUUGGGUUGGCGGAGACCACAAGAUUUCCUACCGCUUGCGCCUCGGUUGUUCGACCUCUUGGUUGAGGGCAACAAUAACUGGAUGGCUAUCAAGCUGAUUAAGCUUUUCGCGACACUGACUCCGCUUGAACCUCGAUUGAUCAAGAAGCUCCUGCCACCGCUCACGAAGAUCAUUCGUGAGACCUCCGCGAUGUCAUUGCUGUACGAGUGUAUCAACGGCAUAAUACAAGGCGGCAUCUUGGAAGCUGUCGAAGGCACUACAGAGGGCGAAGAAGUUGCAAAGCUAUGUGUCGGCAAGCUUCGAGGCAUGAUGGUCAUUGAAGGCGACUCAAACUUAAAAUACGUGGCGUUGUUGGCUUUCGAGAAGAUUGUCCGUUCACAUCCAUACCUUGUGUCUCAGCAACAAGAUGUCAUCCUCGAAUGUAUCGACGACCCCGAUAUUUCGAUACGAAUGCGCGCCCUAGAUCUCGUCGUCGGCAUGGUCAACACCGACAACCUCACAGCUAUCGUCGGACGUCUAAUGCGACAAUUACGAAACGCACCAAUUGCGUCUCCAGCGAAUGACUCAAACAAUGACCGAGUCAGGAUGACGGAGAUUGUGCCAUACGCCGACGACGAUUCCGACGCAGAGGACAACCUACGGCAGCAUGAGCAACAGUCUGACCAACCACCGCCUUUACCUGAUGACUACCGGAUCAGUGUGAUCAAAAGGAUACUGGAGAUGUGCUCUCGUGACACUUAUAGUAAUAUUUCCGACUUUGACUGGUACAUUGAUGUGCUAGUACAGCUCGUCAGGGUCUCGCCGUCAACGAAUCACGCCUCAGCAACAGAAGAGAAAGAGGACACAGAAAGAUCAGAUGAGAUAGGAGGUGGCAUUGGACGUGAGCUUCAGAAUGUCGCCAUACGGGUCAAGAGCGUUCGAUCGGAAGCAGUCGAUGCGGCGCAAUCCCUGGUACUUGUUGAUCGAAGAGAGCAAAUGUUCCCAUCAUCAGGCAACGGCGGACAAGGCGUGCUUGAGUACGCAGCUUGGUUGGUCGGAGAGUUCUCCAACUACCUUACUCGACCCGAACCUGUCAUGACGUCCCUUCUCCACUCCAACUCCUUGCAGCUCCCUGCGAAGACCCUAGCCGUGUAUCUACAGGCAAUACCCAAGGUCUUCUCCAGCAUGGCGGGCAAUGACCAAAUAUCAUGGACACCAGAGCGCAAAACCCUCAUGUCGCUACUGAUGGCUCGUAUAAUACACUUCCUGGAGCCACUCUCAACGCAUCCCAGUCUCGAGGUGCAAGAACGAGCGGUCGAGUACCUAGAGCUUAUGCGUUUGGCUGCCGAAGCCGCUUCGGGUACUGCGACUGGUACCGACAAUGGCGACUUCACUGAUCCACCGUUAUUACUGACACAGGCCAUACCGGCCUUGUUCUCUGGUGCUGAACUGAAUCCGGUCGCGCCUGGUGCGCAACGCAAGGUUCCCAUACCGGACGAUCUUGACCUAGACACGCCCAUAAAUCCGAACUUGCAAUUCCUCCUGUCACAGGCCGAGAAUGAAGGCUUCGAGACAGAAGAAGACGAUGUGUAUGCAGCGUACAGCGAACCCGUAGCCGCAUACGCCGAUACACCUACAAUCAUCGCUCCGGCAGCAGAGCGCCUCGAUGCCCCCCACAGGGAACCCACCAGCUAUCAGAAUGCGGUGGAGGAAGAAUACCUGGAUCCUGACAUCAUCGCCCGACGAAAGGCUGAGAGGAGAGAACGGCACAAGGAUGACCCCUUCUACAUCGACCCUGACGGUGGCAGUGGCACAGUAACCCCACUGAGCAGGAUAGUGCGUGACGGAAACCAAGAAAAUAAUGACCUUGACAUCGACUCUAUACCUAUCAUGGACCUCAAUCUCGAGAGGGCGUCAUCGAGUGACCAAGUCCCACGGUCACGAAGUCCCCGCAAACCUGUACGGAAAGUUGAGAUCAUGGGAGACGAGACGCUUGGCCCAGCCGCCGAUAAUUCUUCCAGAGAAGACAUCGUGCAACCACGCCCAGGCAAAGCAAAGAAGUCGCUGUUAGAUGUGGACAGCUCGGGUCUUGCUUCUUUGAGCCUCGUCGACGAUGACGGCAGCUCAAAUCGCAAACUCACCCAGUUGGAAAUCGAGAGGCGGGAGCAGGAAGAAGCCGAGAUGAAGAAGGCGUUACAAGAAGUGGAGCGCUUGCGACUAGAGAUGCAGAGGGCGAGCGAGCGGUUACACGUCAAGGAAGAGGUAGCCAUCAAGAAGAAGAAAAAGAAGGUCCGGAAGGUGGAUGUCGAGGGAGAUGACCCUGCUGCUACUCCACCCGCCGAACCAGAAGGUGAAGAAGCGGACGCGGCACCAGUCAAGAAGAAGAAAAAGAAGAAGGUCAAGCCCGAGGGCGAAACCGAGCAAGGCGACGGAGGCGAGGACGCCGCGAUCAAGAAGAAGAAAAAGAAGAAGCGCACCGUCGUUCUUGACGACGGCGACGCGCCUGCCGAGUAA